AUGAAGUUCGCCCAGAUUUUGUUGAAAAACGGUUCCCUCACUGGAAUACCGAAACAAGUGGAGAGGUUCUCCAAGUUUUCCCCUUCUCCGCUUUCCAUGAAGCAGUUCAUUGACUUCGGUUCUGCAGAUGCAUGUGAGAAGACUUCCUUUGUGUUCCUGCGACAGGAACUUCCUGUCAGAUUGGCCAACAUUAUGAAGGAAAUCGAUUAUCUCCCUGACAAGCUCCUUGGCACUCCAUCCGUAAAGCUCCUGACUAGUUGGUACUCGCGGAGUCUCAUGGAGCUUGUUGACUUCUUAGAAAAAGAUCCAGAUGAUAAAGAGGUCUUGACAAGCUUCACCCAGACUCUUGUAAAUGUCCGGAACCGGCACAACGACGUGGUGCCCACCAUGGCUCAGGGUGUGCUGGAGUAUAAGGACGAUUUUGGCGUGGAUCCGGUCACCAACCAGAACGUCCAGUACUUCCUGGACCGCUUCUACAUGAGCCGCAUCUCCACACGCAUGCUCAUGAACCAGCACACAUUAAUCUUUGACGGCAGUGUAAACCCGGCCCAUCCCAAACACAUUGGCAGCAUUGACCCCAGCUGUGACGUGGUGGAGGUGGUAAAAGAUGCCUACGAGACUUCGAAGAUGCUAUGCGAGCAGUAUUACCUCACCUCUCCUGAGAUGGAGAUCAAGGAGGUCAACUCUAAAAACCCCGGCCAGCCCCUGCACAUUGUGUAUGUGCCGUCCCAUCUCUACCACAUGCUAUUUGAGCUCUUCAAGAAUGCUAUGAGAGCUACUGUGGAGACCCAUGAGACCAGUCCAACGUUGCCACCCAUCAAAAUGCGCAUUUCACUGGGCACAGAGGACCUCACUAUCAAGAUGUCUGACAGAGGAGGUGGAGUCCCUCUCCGGAAGAUUGAGCGUCUCUUCAGCUACAUGUACUCCACAGCUCCCAGUCCUGUCCACAUCGACAAAUCCCGUAACGCCCCUCUGGCCGGUUUCGGCUACGGUCUGCCCAUCUCACGCCUGUAUGCCAAGUAUUUCCAGGGAGACCUGCAGCUCUAUUCGAUGGAGGGUUAUGGCACCUCAGCUGUUAUAUACUUGAAGGCCCUGUCCUCAGAGUCAGUUGAGAGACUCCCUGUUUUUAACAAGUCCGCCUUGCGGCAUUACCAGUCCACCACAGAGGCCGACGACUGGUGCAUGCCCAGCAAGGACCCAAAGAAACUCGGCAAGUAUGAGACGACCCGGUGA